AUGCCUCCAAAUCAAGAAGGAAUAACUCCAAAAAUAAAUAUGUCAAAUUCUAAAAGAAUUUUACCAGUACCAUUUGAUGAUGAAACAUUAAAUCAUGCUAAAUUAUUAAGAAAAAAAUUUAAUAGCUUUUUACCGGAAGAUAUUAAUACUGAUUUUCAUAUGGCUAGAUGGUAUCGUAUGUAUAAAGGUAAUGAAGAAACAAUGGAAAUUAAAUUAAAAGAAUACAUUCGCCAUCGAAAAAGUUUUAAUUAUGAAGUUUGGGAUAAAUUUUCUAUAUCAAAACUUGAUCAAACAGACUACUCUGGUGAUGUUGCAGUUUUUUUACAAAGAAUGGAAGGAACUGAUUUAAAAGAAAUUAUUAAAACUGUACCAUAUUAUCAUAUACUUCAUAGUUAUUUUUUACUUCAAGAAUGUAUGCAAAGAGCAAUAUUGUUAAAAGAAAAAGAAACAGGAAGACAAUCAGCAGCAAUUAUUAUUCUUGAUUUACAUGGGAUUAAUUUAGGUGAUUUUAUAAAUCCACUUUCUAAUCCAACAAAACUUGCUCGAAUUGUCGUAAAGAUAUGGUCUGAUUAUUUUACAGAAAAUAUGGUUAAACUUAUUUUGGUACGACCUCCAGGCAUACUUUCAGUGAUGUGGCAAUUAGCCAAAUAUAUUUUAGAUGAAAAAACUUCCAGCCAAAUUGCCUUUGUUCAAAAAUAUGAAGAAUUAAAAGAUUAUGUUGAUGAAAGUGUAAUUCCUAAAAUGUUUGGAGGUACCAGAGUCGACAAUACUGGGUGGAGUGAAACUCCAGAAUCAUGUGUAAAAGCUGCAAGAAAAGUUACUCAAGAUUUAUAUUAUAAUCCAGAAAAAAUAUAUAAAAAAUAUGGAAUUGAAAAGAUACCUUCUCUUAAAUCUAUAUCAAUAAAAAAUAAACAUACUGAAACAGUUAUUAUAAAAGGAAAUGUUGGUCAAAAAAUAAUAUGGCAUUUUAUGACAAGUAAUGAAUUAGUAUUUGAUGUUUUAAUCAAAGAAAAUGGUCAAUCACAUUUAAAUGAAGAUAUACCUAUAAUACCAGGUGUUUAUGGAACAUGUUUAAAACUUCCAGAACAAGGAGUUAUUGAAGUUGAAAAAAGUGGAGAAUAUCAUUUUCGUUGGAUAAAUUUACAUGGUGGGUGGUUAGCAGCUAAAGUACAUUAUGCUAUCGUAGUUAUAUAA